UCUCUCUAACAUACGUAUAAUCAAAGUCGUUUUAUCCAGUAUCAAAGAGACACGUUAAAACACUAUAGUAGCCUAAUUAAUAACAUGGGCAAAAGAGACAGAGCGCGUUUGUUUCUUCAGGCAUAAAUCUCUCUGCUUGAUGGUGAUAUUAAUAACGAAGAAUUCAAACAUUUUUCCUUGCUUCUUUUCAUUUUUACGUUUCCCUCUUUAAAUCUCGACUUACAAGUGUGCCUAACACAUAACAUUUCCAGAAAAACACGAAAAUACGUUGAGAAUUAUCGAAAGUUCGAAGAGACAUUACACAUCGAUUAUCGAUAAGUAUUUGGUCGAUUACGCGUUACCUAAUCGUUUAUUAAAAAUCGUCAAGCUUACUAUUUUAAUAUUAUCACUAUAAUGCCGCAAUAGUAGUACGUAUAUUUAUUUAUAUAUCUCGAGGCGUUUUUUCUUUUUUUUUUUUAAUCAAACCUAAACAGCAAAAUCAAUCCUGGAAUUAUAAUAUAAUUACAAAUCUAAACGUUUUUGCUUCUCUCUUUUUGUUCUCUCGUGUGAAUUCGUUUGUCCUUUUUUGCGCAAAUUGUUCUCUAUUUUAUUUGUCUCGUUGAACAAGGUGGCAUACUUUGUAUACGUAUUUUUCACUGUUUUUUUUCUUUUUCUUCUUUUUUUAAAUUAAUUAAUUAGUUCGCAAAUCAACUGCUGUUCAUCGUAUCAGUAUGCCGCUCGAACGUAUAAACAAUUCUCUGUCGUAACAAAUUAAUCAAGUAAUUAGUAAAGAUACUUCCAAACGUGGCACGCACUUGUUUUGCUAAGUAACGAAGAAACUCGACAAAUAACACGUACCCUAGCAAUUAACAAUACACGCUAUCAAUUAUAGUAGACAUCGUAAUCUGUAAAUAGACCAUCCUCGAUAUUUAGAAACACAUAUCCUAAACAAAUCUUCAUUAUUAUUAUUAUAUAUUUUUUUCUCUUUCUUUUUUUUUUUUGGUGACGAGACUCGAGAUUUCAAUCCCGAAGAGCUCGUCGAUUUUUUUCUUUGUUCUUUUUGAUUGAUUACCCUCUCGAGUAGCAACGUCAACACCGUAAUAAAGUGUUUUCUCUUGUUUAAAAAUCCGCACGUAAAUAUACACUCGUUAUGGAGACCAUCAUCGGCGUCGAGGGGGAAUUACAACAAGAUCUUACGCACGCCAGGAGAUUGCUCUCGCAGAGUAUCGAGAGCUCGUCUCGACGAAGAAAAUGCAAGCAUCGCUCGUCGAGCGACUCCCUUUCUCUCGGAAAAACUCGUCGAAGAAACUGUACGUUUCUUUUCGCCGUGCAACAUUGCGUCACACGAGAGUCAAAAAAGUGACGAUCAUACCGCCCCCUCGCGUGUAAUCGCGCGAUCGAGUGGUGCGCUCUCUAAAUAACGGAUACGUACACACGUUUCGUUUUGCUUUGCUUACGAGGCAUGGAACUCCACACGCCAGCAAGUGCAAUACGAUUGGAAAACGAGUCGCAUCCCUAACGACAAGUUUGGAGGACUUUAACUGAACAACGGUUGCAGCAGUAAUCGAGUGACUGGUAUGACUGAGUUGAUAUAAUCGUCAACAAGUGACGACACAUCGUGUCCAUUGUUUUUUCUCCCCUUUUCUAAGCUCGAAGAGAGGGGAGAACUCGGAAACCCUUGAAACGAAAGAAAGUUUGGUUGGCUAAGAGGAUGGUUUCCCUCAAGGUUCUUUUUACGGAGCAACGUGAUACUCUCUCCGUUCGAGUCGCGGUGACAAAUAGAAGAGUUCCACAAGACGCAGCGUGCCAGAAUUAUCAGGAAACAGUGAGUCAGAGGUUCGGUUACGCGUGCCCCUCCCCGACAUUGAAAUACGUUUUUCGUCGAGUGAUAUUUCUGGACGAGAGCCAGUAAACGUCACCAUCGUGGGAGUAUCCGAAAAUUCACUCCCGUAUCUCUCUCUCUCUCUUUUUUCUCUCUCUCUCUUCCUCUUGUCCGUGCACGUUCAAGAGGCAUCCGGAGACCGCGCCUAUUUAAGCUUCCCGAGCUUCCGUCGCUGAAUCAGACAGUCGAAAUUCACAUCUCCGUACCGCGUUGCAUUUCUCUGCUCCUCUAAGUUCUCCUUCUUCUACGUGCAACGAGAAAAGAAAAAGAAAUAUUCAAAAGAUGUCGGUGGUCCCGCUGAUGUUCCGUGACUGGUGGGACGAUUUCGAUCGACCCGUGUCCCGACUGAUGGACCAACACUUCGGCAGAGCGUUGAAUCGGGACGAGCUCCUGUCACGAUUCUCCGAUCUCGGCCUCGAGAGACCUCCUCUACGCUCGAUCUUUCGAGACAGGUACUACCGUCCAUGGAGGAACGUGGCACGCCAAGCCUCGAGUGGAUCGAGCACCAUUCAGAUCGACAGCAAGAACAACUUCCAGGUAAUACUGGACGUUCAACAAUUCUCACCGGAGGAGAUCACGGUGAAGACGGUGGGUAACGACGUUAUUGUCGAAGCCAAACACGAGGAGAGACAAGACGAGCAUGGAUUUGUCAGCAGACACUUCGUACGAAGAUACGUCCUGCCUCCAUCUCACGAUGUGAUCAACAUUACCUCGAGCCUUUCUUCCGAUGGUGUUUUAACUAUCACCGCACCCAAAAAGGAAGAGACACCUAGCGGCACCGAACGAGUCAUCGAGAUCACGAAAACUGGAAUGCCGGCAAGUAAACCGGUCCAAGUAGAAACGGCCACGGAAGAAAAGUAAUCGCCACGCCCGGAAACGUUUCGACUCGAUUCGUAUUUAUAAGCAUUUUGUGUCUCAAUGUAAAAAUCGUUAAAUAGAAUUUCAUAUGACAAUACUAUGAAUCGGAAAAAAUCAUCGACAGAAGAAUUAUUCAUAAAUAAUACAUACAAGUUAUUUGAUAUAAUAAAAGCGAGUACAUAAUGACAUAAAUAUUCAAACAAUAUCUGUAUAUACUUCUUAACUGCAUAAAUAUCAGAC